AUGACUAUGGAGAAAGACUUCAAGAAGGAACUGAAUAGCAGAAUGAGAGCAGCGUGGACACCAUUUGCACCCAUCAAGGAAGCUACGGACGAACUGACGGACCAAGAUCUUCGUGCUCAUCUGUUUGACUCGGCACUUCUUCCAGCGCUCUGUUACGCAGCGGAGACGUGGGUAGACACCGUUGCCACUUCUAGUAAGCUACUUACUACUAACAGGGCUCUUGAGAGGUGUCUUCUGAAGUUUAACCGACGCACACAACACUUAACUGGUCUUCGCAGCUCCGACUCAAGAGGAAUGUCCCUUCUUCGCGACCCACCGGAAUAUAUAUCGAAAGCAAAGCAUAGAUGGGCCGGUCACAUUAUGAGAAGAAUCGAAGAUAGAUGGACUAAAAGAACGUUAGAGUGUAUCCCACACCACCCCAAUUGCCGUCAUAGGGGAUGA